AUGGCACUUCGACUAACUUACAGGUGCUCGCAAAAGAAUGAAAAAAUGGGUCUUACUAAGGUUGGAGUCUUCAAGCGUGCUUUGAUGGUUAUGGGAGUGAUGUGCAAUAUUGUGCUAGAUGGAUACGUAGGUCUCCGGCCUUCUCUGCACGCGUUCCCUGCUCUAGUAGGCGUAUCGGGAGAAUUAAUCGGCACGGAAAUUGACGGGUCGUUCAGGGUCGUUGUUCUGCGACGAGUGUAUAGAAGAGGGCCUAUUCUGCGAACUACGCUGGGGCUGGGCUCUCCUACUGUAAAAAGCAGUGUAAACGUCUGGGUUAAGAAGUCGCAGAGUUCGAUUGGCUAUAGAAUUGGUUUUUGCACAAGAUAA